AUGGAGCCUUUACGCAUGCUUGAAUUCUACUCAGGCAUUGGUGGCAUGCAUUUUGCAGCCACUCUUGCCAAGUGGGACUUUGAGAUUGUGAAGGCGUUCGAUAUCAAUAACGUUGCCAAUGAUGUGUACAAACAUAACUUUGGAUCGAAAACGGUGGGACAGCGACAAAUUGAAGCCUUGACAUUGGAGUAUUAUGAUCGUGUGGCUGCAGAUGUAUGGACCAUGUCACCGCCAUGUCAACCUUAUACGCGUGUGGGAUUGCAGCAAGGAAGUCAAGAUGCUCGAUCAAGAAGUUUUCUCUACUUGUUGGAUGUGUUGAAGAAGAUGGUGCACCGACCAAGGUAUAUGCUUGUUGAAAAUGUCAAAGGAUUCGAGGAAUCGGAUUCAAGAGACAUGCUUGUUGAGACACUCAAGGAAUGCGGAUACAUCUUUCAAGAAUUCUUGCUCACACCUCUACAGCUUGGGAUCCCUAAUUCUCGUAUGCGUUAUUAUUUGCUGGCAAAACGAGAACCAAGCAGCUUUGCAUAUCCCCCAACAGGCACCAUCCUUGGCUUUAUACCUGGAUCAGAAAAGAUGUCCAACGAGUUUAUCGACAACCGCAAUCGAUCUUUAACCAACGAGGACCAAUUGAUCAACGCGUCUACAUCCGCUGUCAACGUGGCCCAAGUGUCAGAAUACCUCGAUCCCUCAGAGGAGAAUUUAGAUGCUUAUUUAGUGUCGGACAAGGUUUUAUUCAAACAUGGACAUGCAUUUGAUAUUGUCAAGCCAAGCACAAAGCGUAGUUGCUGCUUCACAAAAGGAUAUUAUCAUUACGUGGAGGCGACUGGCUCGGUUCUGCAAAUGAAUGAGGAUCUUGAUACCGAUGACACCUUUGGAAAAGCAACUGCCAAAAAGGAACAAGGUGAUGAGGAAGGAGCAUUGGAACUUUUACGGCCAUUACGCCUACGUUACUUUACACCGCGUGAAGUUGCCAACUUGAUGGGCUUCCCAAGCACGUUUUCAUUCCCAGAGACAAGCACCUUGAAACAGAAAUAUCGAACGCUAGGCAAUAGUAUCAAUGUACGAUUAGUAGCUGAAUUGAUGAAAUAUCUAGGUAAAGUCCACGGUUCGCUCGCUCGUGCUGGUAAAGUCAAGUCUCAAACCCCCAAGGUUGCCAAGCAAGAAAAGAAAAAGUCCUUGACUGGUCGUGCCAAGAAGAGACAAGUGUACAACCGUCGUUUCGUCAACGUCACUACUGCCAUUGGUGGCAAGCGCAGAAUGAACCCUGCCCCCACUCAAGGUCCUUAA